GCAAGCCCGCCUUAUAAUCGUGCGCCCGCGCCAUCUGUGAAGCGGGGAGUUGACUCGAUCAUCGAAGGGGGGGGACGAGGACGAGGACGAGGCUCGAGCCAUCCAUGGAGGUGCAGGUGACAGGUUCCUGCCUGCUGCUGCUGCGGCUGCUCCACCUUGGCAGGAUUGCGGAGCCACUGUGAAUCGGCCACCUGGUGGUGCGAGAGCAGCAGCAGGGAGGAGGAGAAGAAGAAGUGGGGCUGAAGAUCGCGCUCGCGCUCGCGGGCGGGCGCUUUCAUGCUCCUCGGCCUGCCAGUACAGGACCCCAGUACGGCGCAGUACUGCGCAGGCAUCGACUAUACAUGUGAAGCAGCGCGCUCUGUUGGCUGGCUGGCUGGCGGUUGGGAUGGACUGAUGAUGCACCCUCGGAAGCUCGGAUGACGGCCAUGAUUUCGGUUCCUCCGAUGAGGACGAGGACGAGGACGAUCCUUCGAGAUGCGGGGCGGUGGCGCGCUUGAAUCGGUCUCAGAGUUAUUUCCGAGGUUUUGGAUUCGGCUGGUGUUUGUUUUUGGGGUCUGGGUGCCAUUCUCGAAUUAGCAUCUGAGGAUGGUUGUGCAUUCCUCGCGGAUGGCUGGAUGGGUCAGGUCGGUUGGGUAGAGCGGACGAUGAGUACGGUCCAGAUUGGCGUCGGCGUUAGAUUGGUGAAGGUGGCAGAAUGUGUCCGAUGCAGUGCACUGGGAUGAGGAGAUUUGGAAAUUUUUCUUGGUGAUGGAUUGAGGAAUUUUUCGGAAAGCUGGAAGCUCCGAAUUCGCGCUCCGUUUAGAGCCGGUUUGAGGAAAAGUGCUGUUUGGGGUCCAUAUCAAGCGUUGUUAAGAAUGGAGCUUCAAGAAAGAGAUGGGCCCUUGCCGAAGAAGCAGCAAUCUGGAAUUAUAGAACUUGCCACCAUCGUAGCCACUGAGCAUAUUGAUGAUGAGGAUAGGCCAGGUUUAAGGGAAUCCGAUGAUGACCAAGUUGGUGCAUCGGAACCCUCGGAAGGCGUUGAUUUGCAGCCCAAGUUGCCGUUGAUCACUUUAGCUUUGUCGUCGAUGAUAGCAGCCGGGAUUCAGUUCGGAUGGGCACUGCAAUUGUCGCUCCUGACGCCCUAUAUACAGACAUUGGGUAUAGAGCAUGCAUUCGCCUCAUUUAUAUGGCUUUGUGGUCCCAUCACUGGACUUUUGGCUCAGCCGUGUAUCGGAAUUUGGAGUGACCAGUGCAAAUCCAAAUGGGGUCGCAGGCGCCCAUUUAUUUUAACUGGAGCGCUCAUGGUUGCAUGUUCUGUCAUAAUUAUAGGAUUUUCUGCAGAUAUCGGCUACGUAUUAGGAGACACACAUGAAAGCUGCGAAUCAUACAAAGGGUUAAGGCCUAGGGCAGCCGCUGUUUUUAUACUUGGAUUUUGGUUACUCGACCUCGCAAACAACACUGUGCAGGGUCCUGCUCGCGCUUUGUUGGCCGAUCUAGCAGGAUCCGGACAACGAGAGGCUGCAAAUUCGAUAUUUGUGCUGUGGAUGGCAUUCGGAAAUAUUCUUGGGUUUUCAGCCGGGGCCAGUGGUCAAUGGUCCAAGUGGUUUCCUUUUCUUACCAGCAAAGCUUGCUGUGAGGCUUGCGGGAAUUUGAAAGGUGCAUUCCUCUUAGCGGUGGUAUUCUUGCUUCUUUGUACAAUCGUUACGGUAGUGUUUUCCAAAGAGACUCCUUUGGCCCUCAUAAAGAACGUCGCAGAAGAGAAAAAGCAUGGCGAGGAUGCGGCUUCUCUUCUAUUACAGCCAGACGACAGCCGACUUGUCAUGGUAAAUGGUGAACUCCAGCAAGUUAGCAACAGAACCUAUGACAUUGGUGCUCAUGCUGAGCGGAGUUUUGCUAUGUCUCACAAGGAUGAAAAUAAUGUCGGAUCCAGAGUGGGACCUGGAACGGUAAUGAUGAACCUUCUAAUGGGUGUGAGGCGGCUUCCAACAUCUAUGAAAACUGUUCUUCUCGUCAUGUCCUUAUGUUGGCUAUCCUGGUUUCCAUUCUUCCUAUUCGAUACAGAUUGGAUGGGACGUGAAGUUUACAGAGGUGAUCCUAAGGGAGACGCGCUUGAAGUCCGUAAUUACGAUGAAGGAGUUAGAGCAGGAGCUUUUGGUUUGCUGCUGAAUUCGGUUGUGCUGGCGAUGAGCUCUCUCGUAAUCACUCCAUUAUGCCAAUACUUUGGAUCCAAACACGUAUGGGCCUUGAGCAAUUAUGUCAUGUUUAUUUGCAUGGUGUGUACAACUGUUAUUACUGCAGUAGCAGUCAAACUUCGAUACGAAGAGGGUGAGGCCGUGCACAUCUAUACCGGCUGGGUAAAAAUUGCAGCAACCGCGCUUUUUACUGUUCUGGGCUUCCCCUUGGCGAUUACAUACAGUGUACCAUACUCCUUGACAGCUGACCUGACGGCUGAUUCCGGUGGAGGGCAAGGGUUAGCUAUGGGUAUUCUUAAUCUAGCUGUCGUCAUACCUCAGAUGGUAGUCGCUCUUGGAGCUGGGCCAUGGGACGAACUUUUUGGUGGUGGCAACAUGCCUGCGUUUGCACUAGCCGGUGUUUUUGCCCUUGUUGCUGGCGUCAUUGCCACGAAGCGCCUUCCCAGAUUGUCAAGACAUGGGUAUCAACGAGCUGUGACACAUGGAUUUGGAUAAGGUUUAGUCUCUUACUUAGUGACUCUAUGAACCCUUUUUUUAUUAAAUCUGCAAUCACUUGAUUAUUAUGGGCGAUUUAUUUCUCUCGGAGUGAGCACGCGUCAUUUAGAGGCGCGUACCACUCUUUGGAAUGGAGCACAUGUGUAAUGCGUUAUGAUACACGUAAGUAUCAGUGCUGUAUAGGAAUUGCGGAUGUGCUCUCCAGGCAGCCAACCGAACAAAGAGUUCGGAAAUGUUUGCCCUAUAUUUUCUCCUGGAGAAAAUUGCAUUGAUUCAGCUUCCGGGAAGUUCUGAUCAAUAAUUGAUGCCAAAUUGGCUAACUGUCAGCUAUCAGCUGUAGAACAAAUGUAGGUGAGGCUAUGACAGUGCGUCUAUAGCCUUCAGAGUUUAAAGUUCUCGUAGAUGGAUAGGUAAUGUCUCUGGAAUCUUGAGGGUGGACAUUUGUAAAGUUCACUUCAUCUUGUAGAUCGACUUGCAGAGUGAGGGAUGCUGGUAAACACUUGUUUUGCUGGAUCUUGUAAUUUAGGCAGGCAAAGUAGUUAUUCGCCUCUUUUUGAACUCUAGAACUCUCGAACAAUAAGUGAGCAUAUUCGAGCAGUAGUAGGUGUACAAAAUUGAACUCGUGAUUAGAAUUCUUCAAAACCUUGGACUUCGGAACUUUAUGAAGGAUCUUAUGAAGGAUUAUCGGUAACGACGUUUGUCC